AUGCAUACGGAUAUAAUAAUUGGUGAUCAAUUUGCCGCCAACAACAACUAUUGGGUGAUGCAGUCCACGGAACUGGACUAUCGGCAAGAGCUGAUGGGCCGUCUGCACAAGAUCGAACCAGCCGAUGUUGAACUUGAAGUGCUCGCUGCUGCUGCCGGUGUCAAUAAUAACAACAAUAAUAAUAAUAACAAUAACAACAACAACAACAACAACAGCAGCAGCGGCAACAACAACAGCAACGCCAUUAGCCCGCCCACCAAUGCCAGCAGCGGUGCAGUCGCCACAACGGCUGGCCAACCACAUCAUCAUCACCACCAGUUCCAUCAUCAUCACCUGCACCAUCAUCAGCAUCAGCACCAGCAUCAGCACCAUCACCAUCAUCAGCAUUUGCAUCAGCAUUCGCACAGUCUGCAGAGCGGGGAGAGCGGCAAUGCAGCUUUGGAUGCUUGGCAGUUGCCACCAAGCUAUGCCAGCGAUCAGCAGCAGCAGCAACAACAGCAACAACAACCCGCCGGCUCGCCUAACUCCAACUCGAAUUCCACCUAUGGCUGUGCGCCGCUUUAUGAUGGAGCGCCCUACGAUGUGGCGCUCGCCUUCAGCGCUGGAGGCGGAGGCGGUGGCGGUGGACCAUCAGCGGGCAAUGGUGGCGAGAAGGAGUAUUUGUAUGAAACCAAAAACAAAGAGGCACUCUAUGCCGAUCCACUAGACGAUCCAUAUCCGCGACCAGCUCUCUGGGAUGAUAUUGCUACCUCAAUACAAAAUAUUGAUCCUGAGAACGCGCUCAUGCUGAGUGCCAGUUCGGUGGCAAAUGGCAGUGACAAUGCAGCGCAACAACAGCAACAGCAGCAACAGUUGCUGCCACAGGUCAAAAUGGAAGCAAUAGACGAAACCUUGCUCGAAACAUUCUCGACACCAUUGCUCAGUCCUAUGGAGAUUAAAACUGAAAAGCAGCAGCGGCAGCAGCAACAACAACAGCAGCAGCAGCAGCAAUACCAGCAGCAGCACCAGCAGCAGCAUCAGCAACAACAACAUCAACACUAUCACCAACAUUAUCACCAGCAGCAACAGCACUUAUACCAGCAUCACCCAAGCCUGGGCUUGCCACCCGCUGCUGUUGCGGCAGUUGCUGCUGCUGCCGAUGUUGUAGAAUUGCAGCUGCAACACGCUGGCUCCCUGGCGCCGCCACCACUCAGCGGUGGCAGCAAUCACAGCAGCAGCAACAGUCCCAAGCAGUUGGCGGGCGACAGCAGCAGUAACAGCAACAACAACAACAACUCCUCCUAUCAGCAACAGUACGCAUCUCAAUUGAACACCAGCAGUUAUCUCAACGGUAGCAGCAGCAGCGUCACUACCAGCACGUCGGGCAGUAGCAGCAGCAACGGCAACAGCUACGGCUACAGUUGGCACAGCAGCAGCCAGACCUUUCACACCAAAUAUCAAAUACACCCGCCAUCUGUUGGAGCCAACAGCAGUGCCACGCCCACAGCUCAACAUGUGCAGCAACUGUGCCCACCUGCCGCCCCCAGCACACCAUCCACGGGCAGUGCCUCGUCCUCGAGUGCCUCCUCGUCGGCCUCGACAGGUUCAUCAUCAGCUCGUCACAUGUUUGUGCCGCCACUCACACCACCCAGCUCAGAUCCCGGCAGUCCCGGUAGUUCUAUGGUCGCUGCAGCCGCUGCUGUGGCGCAGGCGCAGCGUCGCACCACUCCCCCACCGCCCUACCAGCAGCAGCAGCAGCAGCAACAUGCUCUGGCCAGCAUUUGCCCCAGCCUUGUCACUUUGGGCCCCGGCAAUCCAGCAUCCAGUUUACAACAUCUCAGCUCUGCCACGCCCACCACGCUCACCACACUAACGACCCCCCUUCACAGCAACCAAAAUAACAACAGUAACAACAACAGCAACCACAAUGUGCAACCACCACCGCCACAGACAACGCAUAUGGCCCCCCAUCCACCGACGCCGACGGGUCGACGAGGUCGUGGGGGACACCAGCCCGGCACACCCGCACACAUCGCCAGCCUCAUGAGCGUGCGCACUGUACGCUACAAUCGACGGAACAAUCCCGAGCUGGAGAAGCGACGCAUCCAUCACUGUGAUUUUGUGGGUUGUUCCAAAGUCUAUACUAAGAGCUCGCAUUUGAAGGCACAUCAAAGGAUACACACGGGCGAAAAACCCUACACGUGCCAGUGGCCCGAAUGCGAAUGGCGUUUCGCUCGCUCCGACGAACUGACGCGACAUUAUCGCAAACAUACUGGCGCCAAACCCUUCAAGUGUAUUGUUUGUGAACGCAGCUUUGCGAGAAGCGAUCACUUGGCCCUGCAUAUGAAACGGCAUUUGCCGAAGAAUAAAUGAGUGGCCAAUAGGAAAGGCGGACACAGCGUGCGGAAAAAUCAACUAUACCACAAUCCAAAGGACUUUAGUUUAGCUAAAAUCAAAUUUCAGUAGUUAACAUUACUAUUACUAUACAACUACACAAGAAAAACUUACUACAACUAAUCUAACUGUUAGGUCUAAUAUACAUUAAAGGUUUAAAUGUUUUCAUAGUUCAGCCAUGUUGUAGAGCACUUGAAACUUCUCUUACGAGAAUCAACCAAGGUUACUUAAUAAUAACAUUUCGUAUCGAAUACGGUUCUGGUAAUCGUGCU